AUGACGGCGUUGCGUCAUCCGACGUCGCGUGUGGGCAUCGCGGCGAUCUCGCGUGGUGCGGCAAGAACGAGGACACAGCGACUCAUACUCGACCGCGGGCAUUUACAUCAUCGCUCCAUCUCCGCUUCAGCAACGUCGAAAAUCACAACACUCACGCAUGCUGAAGUCACCCUAGCGGAAGGCUCGAAAAAGAUCGGCCGCAAUCCAACUUUGAUUCCUCGUGAUGGCCUCUCUCAACGACCAAAGCUCGCCGUCAGGCGGCAACUCCAGCCAAACACGCUCAAGGCCCUGCAAGGAGUUCCUUUCGACAGACUCAUGCGACUGAUAGCGCCGCAAAGUUCGAGCGAGAUUCGUCACGAGGCAAGGAAUCUAGAAGAGGUGCAAUUCGAGACUUCCGCAUGGUCAGCCGCUGUUUUGCCCAAGACUGAGUUCGCAGCCAUACUCAAGCAGUAUCUCGACAUUCGAAAUGUGGACGUUCAAACUUUCCUUUCCUACCGAAAUGCGAUGCUGGCGAAGAGCUGGCCUGACGCUCGCAGAUACAUGGUCAGCAUCCCCGAUCACACAUGGCCUCCAUUUGUGCUUCAGCGCACCAUCAACACGGUUUCCACGCCUUCCGAGGUUUCGGACGCUCUUGCAAUCCUCGAUUCAAAUGUCUUCCGUGCUCGUCACCUCGUCGAGGCUGGGGACACUUCCCUCUUCAAGGUGCUUCGGUCUGGCUUUGUUGUGCUGUCGCGACUCACAGUCAAGAAAUCCGGGUCCACCUUGCACUUGAUACCUCGCUUGACGGACCUGCUUCUGGCCCUCUUUGAAAAGUUUCCGGCGCAAAUGGCAUCGUCGCCAGAGCUCGUAUACGACUUCACGCGGCGAUGUACAGGCAUUCCCGACCAAAGGUCACGUCAAGCCAUCACAAGAGUCGUGGACUGGCUGGCACUUCGACAAGAGACAGACAAGUUCGACAUCAUUCGCGACAGAGUGGUGGAAGCAUGCAUUCGCAGCAUCGAGCAUUCGAUGAGACUGUCGCCUGGUCAAACCUCCUCUUCGGCUCACUUUGCCCACGUCGAGCUGAUGCAGCGCCUUCUGCGCCAUCAUCCUGCUAACAAUGCAGAGCUCCGAUCGCGUACGCUGCGAUGCGCAAUCUUUGCUGCAGGACUCGACGGCAACUACGCGCGCACGUGGGAAUGGUUCGACGAAUACGAGCAUCUCAAACGGAGCAAUGGGGCAGAGAUGACGGGAUCCGACUAUCAGCUCCUCGCGAAAGCCUUGGUGCGUUCUAGGGAAGGUCGUCGGGAUGCAUGGAGAGUGUAUCUGCAAGGCGAGCGGCUCUGGCGCACCCAACUGGUGGAGAUGACACGAGAUCGGUCUCAGAAGAGAACACGCACGCAAAUCGACGAGGUGCUUGCCGGCAACUGCAUCGACCUGCUUGAGGUGAUGGCCAAGAGCGACGAUGUUCCCGUCGGUGAAAUUCUCUCCAUGCUCGGCAUCUUCCUUAAGGGCGGAGAUGCUUUCACUAAAAGCAGAUCGUUCGUCGAGGGCGACAGGUUGUCGCGUGCGAUGCUGCAGCGCAGAGCAGAUCCAUACGCCUACUCAAUAGUGAUGCACGGCCUUCUCAUCCGGGAACGAUCCAAAUGUGCACUGACGGUCUGGAACGCCAUGUUGCAACGCGGCGUGAUGCCAAAUGCUGCGAACCUCUCGUUAUUGCUGCAAAACCUAUUCCAUUUGAAGGAUGUCAAGAAAGCGAUGCAGCAGCUACACCUUUGGUGCGAACAGGGACUACCCACAACAGCGCACCAGUGCGACAAGCUGAAAGCUAUCGAGGUGCCAAACUUCUCGACGACGGAGCUCGUAGAUGUCGAUAUGCUCCUACCCGCCGGCACGCCGACCCCGACGGACCAGACAAGGCGAUACCGCGUCGAACCCGAUCCGAUCCUCGCCACAGUGGUCUUCAGCGGACUGCACUCGUGUGGAUCCCAAGGCAUAGGAUCGCUGUGGGAAGUCUAUCAACAGACGAUCAAACGCUUCCCGGACGCGCCCGUGCUUGCGAUGCUGCUCAAAGCAUCGUGUACAGACGAGGCCAGCUCGAACGUGGACGCACAGCGCGGCCGGCAGGUUUUCAGAGAUAUGCUGCACCGCAAACACCCCGAACUUGCCGAACACCGCAACACACUGCGUGAGGUGUUGGGAGCACAAGGUGCCACAGGGUGGAUCUUUUCGAACGAUUCGAUGGGGGCCAGGAUGGAGGGUUGGCUGACAUCGGUCUUCCAAUCACCCAAUGCAGAGGCAGUCGACGAGUCGUCAGCCGCCGCAGAAGAGGCCAACUUGGACGCCCUGGUGUUCACGCCCGAACUGUUUGAGCACUAUCUUCGACUGUUGCUCCACCUCGAGCAUUCGUCUGACAGCGAAGCGAAAGCUAGGUCAAUCCGACACGAGAUCGUCGACACUCUCAGCUACAUGCGAUACUUGCACGUAACGCCGACACAGACGCACCUAGCACUGACGGUGCUCGACAUUGAAGAGAAUUUUCCGCCGGCUGUAGCGACACAGCAGAUGGACGCGCUCGACGCAUGGAUUGUAGACUGGCUGGGCGAGCGAGGUAUGCCAACGGAAGAGGUGAUGCAGCGUCAUUGGUCCUGGAAGACCCGACGAAACGGUCAACGAAAAGGGUGGUUCGAGCCGGUGCGAGCGUCGCAGUCUGCUUGGUCGGAACAGGGAGUCGCUGCGAAGCAGGAACCGCUUGGUGGCAAUUCGACUUCAAGCUCGGAAGAAACCUGGAUGUAA